GCUCAGAAAUCGUUUUACAAAAAUUUAAAACAGUAUUGAAUCGACAGAGAACGAAACUCACACAAAAAUGUUUGCAAACGUUUUAAAAACCAGCCUUUUUCUACGUCGGAGCUUUACCAAUUCGGCAUCUUUGCGUUAUAAGGAUCCUGUUUACAACAUUUUUCUGGACAAGGUGCGUGAGUACCGGCUGAAGAGUCCCAAAGGAAAGCCCAUAGAUGCCGGUCCGGAAUACGAGGCGGAACUGAAGGAGGCCCUCGACCGCUUGGCACUUCAAUAUGGUGGCGGUGAGGGCAUCGAUCUGACCCAGUUUCCCAAAUUUGUGCUACCCGACAUAGAUAUUGAUCCCAUUUCGAUUCUGGACUUACCCGAAAAUCAACCUGAGCCGGAAAAAAAGAAGGAUUCUAAAUUAGACGAUGACAAAAAGCAAGAUGUUAAAGCAAAGGGAAAAGAUAAAGAGGUGAAAGCCAAGGAUGAUAAGAAAGCUAAUGAAAGCAAGGAAAAGGACGAUAAGGACAAGAAAAAGUAGUGGCUAGCUAAGCCCAUUAGCAACAAAAUUUUUUCAUAAAUAUUGUUUUUACUAUCCGAUAAUUUUAAAUAAAGUUCGUACAUAGUUCAGAUGUA